AUGAAAUCUCAAAAAUCAGCAGAUCCGCCACUUACUAACCAGCAUCCAGACCAAUCACUUGAACAAGCAGGAAGGGAUUAUGAAGCCAUGCAAACUGCUAAGUCCAAAGUUGAUCUAACCGACAAAGAGGAGUAUGCCACAUUACUGCUAUGGGAUUUUGCAGGAGAUGAAGAAUUUUACCACACACAUCAAACAUUUCUCUCACCAGAUGCAAUUUAUCUUGUUGUUACAAAACUGAAUGAGGCUGAUGACCCUAAAGCCAAAGAUUUAUUCCGUUUAUGGAUUGACUCGAUACAUUGCUACUGCAGACUGGAACAGGACAAAAAUGAAGCUGAUGACAACAAAUUUCCAAAUCGCAUUGAUCCACCAGUAGUUGUCAUUGGUACUUGGAAAGAUGCUGUUACCUGUGGAAUAGAAGAGCUUGAGAAUGCAUGCCAUGAAAACCUUUGGCAGUAUACCGAGAAUCUGUCAGAAGAUGAACGUGGACAUAUAAGAAGUAAAUACUUUAUUUCAAAUAAAAAAGAUGAUAACCAUGUUUUCCUGCAAAUACGACAAGACAUUUUAAACUUAGCCAGAUCAAUGAGAACAUGGAACACAGAUUAUCCUUUGAAAUUCAUUCAGCUGGAACAACGACUGCAAGAGAAGAAGAAGGAGUUACCAAUCAUUUCCUAUCAGGAAAUUAUGCACAUGUCUACUGCUACUCCAAAACCUCUAAGUGAGGAAGAACUGAGGUUAUUCUUGGAUUUUCACCACGAAAUAAGAGCUUUGGUUUAUUUUAAAGAUCUUCCAGAUUAUAUUAUUUUAGAUACGCAAUGGUUGUCUGAUGCUUUUAAAUGUAUAGUAACGGCCAAAAAAUUUCGAGCUGCCAAUAUUAGAAAUCAAAAAAGCUGGGAAGAAUUUUACCACAGAGGAAAAUUAGAUAAAGAAGUAUUAGAAGAUAUUUUUGAAAAUGAGAAAAACAUUUUAAAUAAACAUAAAGACUAUAUCCUUAACGUAAUGGAGAAAUUUGAUAUUGUUAUAUGCCCAAACAAAAGUGAGGGUUCUGGUGAAAAGCCAUGUUACUAUGUACCUUGCCUUAUUAAAGCAGAACCUGUGCAGGAUAUUUACAAAAUGUUUAAAGUGCCAGAAGAUGCCCGUAACAGAUCGACAUGGUUGUGUUUCAAAUUUAAGUUUCUACCGCCACAUCUUAAGCAUCAUUUGAUUGCUACACUGUGCAGGAAGUAUGAUAUCGCAGAAGUUGCUGUCCCUGAAAAUAAGAAACGACAAAUUGCCCUUUUUAAGGAUAGUGCGGUCUUUGAGUUACAGAAGACGAAAUUGAGAAAAUUGCUUGUUUCGACAUGUCCAAACUCAAUUCAGAUUCAGGUUUUGGAAUUUGGGAAAGGAAUGGAAAAAGAAUUGUACAAAGACAUUGCUGACUUUGUUAAGUUGGAAUUAGAAAAUAUAAUACUUAAAAGAUUCAAGAUGUCAAAUGUUGAAUUUGAUAAAAAAUGGGAAUGUGGCCUUACAAAACCUGAGUUUGUGACAGGUUGUAAUGACUUUAGUGGAGAGGAGAUUACAGAAUAUUUCUGUGAGACAUGUAUAACACCGCACAAAUUUAUUGGUGAAUGGUCAGAGGAACAAAAUAAAGCACUCUCUGUGUCACAGAGUUCUGAAAAAAUGCAAAGAUCGGACCCUUACAUAGAAAGCUUUAGUCAGAAUCCAGCUUUUUCUACAAAGGUGCGUGUUAGUGUUAAGAGAGAUUAUUCAAAUCUAUCUGAAGAGCCUCCAAGAAAACGCAGUUUGACAGAGUUCACAAAAGAGGAAAUCAAUUUUACAAAGAUGGGCAUUGUUGUGUUGAAUAUUUUAGCUGAUGCUUCAUAUGACCUAUUAAAACCAGAUAAACCAAAUCUACGUCCAAGAAGUGAUUGUGAUAUAACACAUUUGUACAGGGAGCACAGAAAUCUUAAUAAACACAUUCCUAGUCAUUCAUGGGGUUGUCCGUGGCAUAUAAUUCAAAAUACUGACAUAGCUAUUGGAGAUGAUAUUGAGCGCAUAAGACUGACAAGAAACGAAUUACAACACUCUAGAAUAUUUCAACUUGAUGAUAAACGUUUUAAUGAAUUAUGUAACAUAUUAACCGACCUUUUAAAACGUUUUGAUCAGCAUAAUAAACCAACAAAGCUGUAUACAGAUCAACUAAAUGAUAUUUUGGCAAAAACAGUUUCUGCAGAGGACGUGAAAUCAAUUGAAAACGAAUUAGGAAUGGCUAUUGAAGUUGAAAUUGAACACCAGGUUAAUGUUCCAACACAAUAGAGAAAUAACCUUAUUUGCUUGUUUUUUUUCUAACAAACAGUUAUUUAUGCACUUUGUGAAAAGUACACAUACUACCAUAGCAACAGAUUCCCUGAAAAAUCUAUCCUUUAUGUAUAGAAAGGAUCAUCUUUAGUAGGGAUGUAAUGCUGCUGAUUAUUCAUAGAAUUCCAGACAGUAACGGGCAAGAUGAAAAAGUGGACAAAAGUGAAAUUAUGGACUUUAGUUAGAAAAUUGACCAAUAUUGGACUGCUUCAGUAUUAUUUUUAAAACAAUAAUCGAAUGCAGUAAAUAAUGUUAUGAAAAUAUUACGAAUCUUUUCUUGUACCAUAUUAAUUAUGUACCAAAAAUAAAUACUUGUUUUACAUAUGUAUUUAUGUAUAUAUGAAUUAUCUUAAUCUUUGUUUCCUUACGGGAUCUAGUGUAUAUGAGAGAAUUUGUUAGUUUUUGUUUGAUAUUGUCACUGCUCUUCGUUACUUGGUACGACUUAACGAUUGCCAUAUUUCCUAGUUAUUUGUCUGUCGCAGAAAAAGAAAAUGUAUUUGAAUCUUCAAAUUUCUUUCAGUUUCUUGUCCUUGAGAUCUUUUAGGUUAUCUUUUUUCAUACAUAUAAGGAAAAUAAAAACAAAAUAAUUUAUAAGAAUUAUAUAGUCUUAGUAUUUUCAUGUAUUAUUUCAAAAAUUUGUAUGUUGAUCAAAUCACAGAGCAAUAAAAGUUAUCAAAGGUACCAGGAUUAUAAUUUAGUACGCCAGACGCGCGUUUCGUCUACAUACGACUCAUCAGUGACGCUCACAUCAAAACAUUUAUA